UUUCCGUCGUCACUCUCAGUGGCGACUGUGACUUUCUCCGCCACUGCGCGCUUCCACCAUGGCCUCUGCAACUGCAAUCCGAACUUCUUAUCUCACUCUCUCCCGAGACCGAAACGUUCCGAAACCCGAAUCGCCGAAAUUCCAGCUCCCUCCGCGUUUCGUCGACUCGCAGAACCGAAACACCCGAUUCCGAGACGUUUCGUCGGCGAGCUCACUGCAGAGAAUUCGACUGCGGCAUGACUCAGCCGAGCUCCGCCUCGUUCUCCCCCACCGAUUUAGGGUUUCUUCCAACGACGCUCAGUUCGGCUCGUUUUCGGUGGAGAACGAAGUUCAGGCGCCGAGUUUCGCCGAGUUUAUCACAUCGGAGCGGGUCAAAGUUGUGGCUAUGCUUGCUUUGGCUCUGGCUCUCUGUAAUGCCGACCGUGUUGUGAUGUCGGUGGUGAUUGUGCCGUUAUCGCUUUCUAAUGGCUGGAGCCGAUCGUUUGCUGGUAUUGUUCAGUCAUCUUUCCUUUGGGGGUACCUUGUUUCUCCCAUAGCUGGAGGGACUCUUGUGGACUAUUAUGGUGGUAAGGUAGUCAUGGCCUGGGGAGUGGCUUUGUGGUCUUUAGCAACCUUUCUUACACCGUGGGCUGCGGAAAAUUCUCUAUGGGCCCUCCUUGCGAUGCGUGCUCUCCUUGGAAUUGCAGAAGGAGUGGCUCUUCCAUGCAUGAACAACAUGGUAGCGAGGUGGUUUGCUCAAACAGAACGAGCCAGGGCUGUUGGACUUGCAAUGGCCGGAUUUCAGCUUGGAAGUGCAGUAGGACUCAUGCUUUCUCCAAUCCUCAUGUCACAAGGUGGUAUAUUUGGACCAUUCGUGAUAUUUGGUUUAUCUGGAUUUCUUUGGGUUUUGGUGUGGUUAUCUGCAACAUCAAGUACUCCUGACCGAAAUCCUCAAAUAUCAAAAUAUGAAUUGGAUUACAUAUCAAACAAGCGGCAGAAGUCCUUUUUGGUGGAGAAUAAACCUAAGACAGCCAAAGUGAUCCCUCCUUUCAGGCGCUUGCUCUCUAAAAUGCCAACCUGGUCCAUAAUAGUUGCAAAUGCCAUGCACAGUUGGGUAAUGCAUAUACAUCUCAUGCCAGGGUUUUUUCAUAUUUCUUUCCUGGAUGCCCAUUUACUUCAACUCUGUAAGGCCUAAUGUUUUGUUAGAAGUAGUGGUUCUAUCCACUACGUAAGUUUAGGGUUAAGUAUGUAAGCAGUUUCAACUGCAUGGCGAAAUAAGCCCUAGAAUCUAGGGAUCAGUUUCUUUUUCAGACUUAGUCUUCUACCACGUUUAGGUUUAUGUUCAACGUGGGCUGCAUGUUUUCAUUCAGUUAUUGUGUAAGGCUUAUUAAAAGCCUGUUGGUUAUU